AGAGAGAGUGAGAAAAAAGGUUGUAGCUUUUUUUUCUUUUUUUGUGUGUUGUUGUAGCUACGGACGGGUUCACACAUUCGAAGGGUAGGGUUUUAAUCUCACCUUCUCUCUCUAUCUAUUCCCCCAAAAACCUGAGAGAACAAAUUCUCUGAAGAUUUUUAUUCAAAAAAAAAGUUUCAACAUUUUUACAGAGAAAGCAAGAACAAACCCUAGAAAAAGGAAGUUAAUUUCCUCUUUUCUCAAGCUCUUCAGUGAGCCUUAGCUUUGCUGUUUCUUGCUUUCUCUUUUCUUACUCUACUUUACAGCUUGAUUCCUUCUUGAUUUUAAAACCCUAGUGAGCCAAAUCUGUACCCAAGUUUGCUUGUGGGCUGCUCAAAGUUUCGAUUUUUAUUAAGGGAUUCUUUCUGCUUCGAUGCCACUGCACAGUAAGCUCACUUCGGUCAAGUAGGUGGGAGAAGAAGCCAUGGAAGGGGAUGAGCGAGGAGUCUUACUUGCUUGUUUAAUUUCGGGUACCCUUUUCACGGUUUUCGGUUCCGGUUCGUUUUGGAUACUCUGGGCUGUGAAUUGGCGGCCAUGGCGGCUUUAUAGCUGGAUCUUUGCUAGAAAAUGGCCAAAAGUCUUCCAAGGUCCUCAACUUGAUGCACUAUGUGGUGUUCUAUCCCUUUUUGCUUGGAUUGUGGUAGUAUCCCCUAUUGCAAUCUUGAUCGGAUGGGGUUCCUGGCUGAUUGUGAUUUUGGAUCGAGAUAUCAUUGGGCUUGCGAUAAUAAUGGCUGGAACUGCUCUUUUACUGGCAUUCUACUCAAUCAUGCUUUGGUGGAGGACCCAGUGGCAAAGCUCAAGAGCUGUCGCUUUACUUCUCCUUCUUGGUGUUGCCUUACUCUGUGCGUAUGAACUCUGUGCUGUCUAUGUUACGGCUGGUGCACAUGCAUCUCAGCAAUAUUCUCCUUCUGGUUUCUUUUUCGGUGUAUCAGCAAUUGCGUUGGCAAUCAACAUGCUAUUUAUCUGCCGCAUGGUCUUUAAUGGAAAUGGGUUAGAUGUGGACGAAUAUGUAAGGAGGGCAUAUAAAUUUGCUUAUUCAGAUUGUAUAGAAGUGGGUCCUGUGGCUUGUUUGCCAGAACCACCUGAUCCCAAUGAAUUAUAUCCCCGGCAAACCAGCAGAGCUUCACAUCUUGGCCUCCUGUACCUGGGUUCACUUGUAGUUCUCCUCGCCUACUCAGUCCUAUAUGGCCUCACAGCUAGGGAAUCACGUUGGCUUGGAGGAAUUACAUCAGCUGCAGUUAUUGUUCUUGACUGGAAUAUUGGGGCAUGCUUGUAUGGGUUUAAGCUUCUUCAGAAUCGUGUUCUGGCACUUUUUGUUGCUGGCAUUUCCCGUCUUUUCCUAAUAUGUUUUGGCAUACACUACUGGUACCUAGGGCAUUGUAUUAGUUACAUUUUCGUAGCAUCAGUUCUAUCAGGUGCUGCUGUUUCCCGGCAUCUAUCAAUAACAGACCCAUCAGCUGCAAGAAGAGAUGCCUUACAGAGCACAGUGAUCCGCUUGAGAGAAGGUUUUCGGAGAAAGGAGCAGAAUAGUUCAUCAAGUUCUUCAGAUGGUUGUGGCUCCAGUAUGAAAAGAAGUAGUAGUAUCGAUGCUGGCCAUGCUGGUUGUACUAAUGAAGCCAAUCGUACUGCAGAAUUGUGCACGGCUGACAAUCUAACUCGAACAGGCAGCUCUCAGGAGGGUAUCAAUAGCGACAAAAGUGUAGAAAGCGGAAGACCAAGUUUAGGUUUACGUAGUAGUUCAUGUCGUUCUGUGGUCCAAGAGCCCGAAGCAGGAACUUCCUAUUUUCUGGAUAAAGCUUCUGAUCAGAAUAACACUCUUGUUGUUUGUUCUAGCAGUGGUCUUGAUAGCCAAGGUUACGAGUCUAGCACAUCGAAUUCUGCAAACCAGCAGCUUUUGGAUUUGAAUUUGGCCCUUGCUUUCCAGGACCAGUUAAACGAUCCUAGGAUAGCCUCGAUACUUAAAAAGAAAGCAAAAGAAGGUGAUCUUGAACUGACUAGUUUGCUGCAAGACAAGGGUCUGGACCCUAACUUUGCUGUAAUGUUGAAGGAAAAAAACUUGGAUCCAACUAUUUUGGCACUACUUCAGAGGAGUAGUUUGGAUGCAGAUAGAGAUCACCGCGACAACACUGAUAUUACAAUUAUUGACUCAAACAGUGUUGACAAUACUUUGCCAAAUCAGAUUUCUUUAUCCGAAGAAUUGAGACUCCGUGGACUAGAGAAGUGGCUUAAGCUGUCCAGACUUGUUCUGCACCAUGUAGCGGGCACACCAGAGAGAGCAUGGGGCCUCUUUAGUCUUGUCUUUAUCCUCGAAACAAUUAUUGUCGCCAUUUUUCGCCCGAAGACCAUCACAAUUAUAAACUCUAGUCAUCAGCAGUUCGAAUUUGGUUUCUCUGUGCUGCUGUUGUCACCUGUUGUUUGUUCAAUAAUGGCUUUUCUUCGGUCUCUUCAAGUUGAAGAAAUGGCCUUGACAUCAAAAUCUCGCAAGUAUGGCUUUGUUGCCUGGCUGCUGAGCACAUCUGUUGGAUUAUCACUCUCGUUCUUGAGUAAAUCGUCAGUACUCCUGGGAAUAUCCUUGACUGUGCCCCUCAUGGCAGCAUGCCUGUCUAUUGCUGUUCCCAUAUGGAUGCAUAAUGGGUACCAAUUUUGGGUUCCACAGUUAUCAUGUGGUGACCAGGCAAGAGAUUCACGAUCUUCCAGGAUAAAGGGGUUUAUUCUUUGGAUUUGUGUUGUAUUGUUUGCGGGAUCCGUAAUUGCUCUUGGUGCAAUUAUAUCUGCUAAACCUUUAGAUGAUUUGAAGUACAAGCUGUUUAGUGCUAGAGAAAAUAACUUCACGUCACCAUAUACAUCUUCCGUAUACCUUGGUUGGGCAAUGGCAUCUGGAAUUGCUUUAGUAGUUACCGCCAUUCUGCCAAUAGUUUCAUGGUUUGCAACUUAUAGGUUUUCCCACUCUUCUGCUGUCUGUCUCGUGAUAUUCUCAGUUGUUCUCGUGGCAUUUUGUGGAACAUCAUAUUUGGAAGUUGUGAGAUCUAGAGAUGAUCAGUUUCCCACAAAGGGUGAUUUCCUUGCGGCCUUGCUUCCACUUGCAUGCAUUCCGGCGCUUCUUUCAUUAUGCUGUGGGAUGCUUAAAUGGAAGGAUGAUUGUUGGAUACUAUCUCGAGGGGUAUAUGUUUUUGUUUCAAUAGGUCUUCUUCUUCUUAUUGGUGCGAUAGCAGCUGUGAUUAUUGUAGUCAAACCAUGGACGAUAGGCGUGUCUUUUCUCUUAGUUCUUAUCCUUAUGGUGGUAGCAAUUGGUGUAAUCCAUCUUUGGGCGUCAAACAAUUUCUAUUUGACCCGGAAACAGACAUCCUUUGUCUGCUUUCUUGCCCUUCUUUUGGGUUUGGCCGCAUUCCUUGUUGGGUGGUUUCAAGAUAAACCAUUUGCUGGAGCAUCUGUUGGUUAUUUUACAUUCCUGUCUCUGUUGGCUGGAAGAGCAUUAGCUGUUCUUCUAUCCCCACCAAUUGUGGUAUAUUCUCCAAGAGUACUACCUGUAUAUGUCUACGAUGCACAUGCGGAUUGUGGAAAGAAUGUCAGUGCUGCAUUUCUUGUCCUGUAUGGAAUUGCUUUGGCAACAGAAGGCUGGGGUGUUGUUGCUAGUCUGAUAAUAUAUCCUCCGUUCGCUGGUGCUGCUGUAUCAGCUAUCACCCUUGUAGUAGCCUUUGGGUUUGCUGUUUCUCGCCCUUGUUUGAGUCUUGAGAUGAUGGAGGUUGCUAUACGUUUUCUUAGCAAGGAUACUAUAGUGCAAGCUAUAUCUCGAUCUGCCACGAAAACAAGAAAUGCUCUAUCCGGCACGUAUUCAGCUCCCCAAAGGUCCGCCAGCUCGGCAGCUCUUCUGGUUGGGGACCCCUCUGCAAUGCGUGAUAAAGCAGGGAACUUUGUUCUUCCUAGAGAUGAUGUCAUGAAGUUAAGGGAUCGUCUCAGGAAUGAAGAAAGAGUUGCUGGAUCGAUCUUCUACAAAAUGCAAUGCAGGAAAGGAUUCCGUCAUGAACCACCUACAAAUGUAGAUUACAGAAGAGACAUGUGUGCCCAUGCAAGAGUUUUGGCGCUGGAAGAGGCAAUUGAUACAGAAUGGGUAUAUAUGUGGGACAAGUUUGGUGGUUAUUUACUCCUACUGUUAGGUUUGACAGCUAAGGCGGAGAGAGUUCAGGAUGAGGUACGGUUGCGGCUCUUCUUAGACAGCAUUGGGUUCUCGGACUUGAGUGCCAGAAAAAUCAGUAAAUGGAAGCCAGAGGAUAGAAGACAGUUUGAAAUUAUCCAAGAGAGUUAUCUGAGAGAGAAAGAGAUGGAAGAGGAAAUACUUAUGCAGAGACGUGAAGAAGAAGGCAAAGGUAAAGAAAGAAGGAAAGCUUUAUUGGAGAAGGAAGAGCGCAAAUGGAAGGAAAUCGAAGCUUCCCUUAUUCCAUCUAUUCCUAAUGCUGGUAGCAGAGAGGCAGCAGCUAUGGCAGCUGCAAUACGUGCUGUUGGGGGUGAUUCUGUCCUUGAGGAUUCCUUUGCAAGAGAGAGAGUCUCGGGUAUUGCACGUAGGAUACGCACUGCUCAACUAGACCGACGUGCACAGUGGCAUACAGUGACAAUCACAAUUGACGCUGAUGCGGGGGAAGCUACUUGUUACAUAGAUGGUGGAUUUGAUGGCUACCAGACUGGGUUACCUCUAAGUAUUGGUAGUGCCAUUUGGGAACAAGGAGCUGAAGUAUGGUUGGGUGUUAGGCCACCUAUAGAUGUUGAUGCAUUCGGGAGAUCAGAUAGUGAUGGAGUCGAAUCAAAGAUGCAUAUAAUGGAUGUCUUCCUUUGGGGAAAAUGUUUAAGUGAAGACGAGGCUGCUUCUUUGCAUGCAGAAAUUGGCAUGGCUGACUUAGACAUGAUUGAUAUGUCUGAUGAUAAUUGGCAAUGGACAGAUUCACCCCCCAGAGUCGAUGGUUGGGAUAGUGAUCCUGCCGAUGUUGAUCUCUAUGAUAGGGAUGACGUAGAUUGGGAUGGACAAUAUUCCAGUGGGAGGAAAAGAAGAUCAGGUCGGGAUUUUGUAAUGAGUGUUGAUUCCUUUGCUAGGAGAUACAGGAAACCCAGGAUGGAGACAGAAGAAGAUUUAAAUCAAAGAAUGCGUUCAGUUGAGUUGGCUGUCAAAGAAGCUCUCUCUGCACGAGGCGAUAAGCAAUUUACUGACCAGGAAUUUCCUCCAAAUGAUCGCUCUUUAUUUGUGGAUACACAGAAUCCCCCUUCAAAAUUGCAGGUUGUUUCUGAAUGGAUGAGACCUGACUCCAUUGUGGAAGAGAACGGUAGUGAUUCCGGUCCCUGCCUGUUCUCUGGGGAUGCAAAUCCUUCAGAUGUUUGCCAGGGUCGUUUGGGGGAUUGUUGGUUCUUAAGUGCCGUUGCAGUUUUGACAGAGGUUUCACGAAUAUCUGAAGUGAUCAUUACUCCUGAAUACAACGAGGAAGGGAUCUACACUGUUCGUUUUUGUAUUCAGGGUGAGUGGGUUCCUGUUGUGAUCGAUGACUGGAUCCCAUGUGAAUCACCUGGUAAACCAGCCUUUGCUACUAGCAAAAAGGUCAAUGAACUCUGGGUCUCCAUAGUGGAGAAAGCAUAUGCCAAGCUCCAUGGUUCUUAUGAGGCACUGGAGGGGGGACUGGUUCAGGAUGCUCUUGUCGACCUAACCGGAGGAGCUGGUGAGGAGAUUGACUUGCGGAGUGCUCAAGCACAAAUAGAUCUUGCAAGUGGCAGAUUAUGGUCUCAAUUGUUACGCUUCAAACAAGAGGGGUUCUUACUUGGUGCUGGAAGUCCAUCUGGAUCUGAUGUUCAUGUAUCUUCCAGUGGCAUUGUGCAAGGGCAUGCUUACUCCGUCUUACAGGUGAGAGAGGUCGAUGGGCACAGACUUGUUCAGAUCCGAAAUCCAUGGGCCAAUGAAGUUGAAUGGAAUGGUCCCUGGUCAGACUCAUCCCCAGAGUGGACUGAUAGGAUGAGGCACAAGCUGAAGCAUGUUCCACAGUCAAAAGAAGGUAUAUUCUGGAUGUCUUGGCAAGACUUCCAGAUUCACUUCAGAUCAAUAUAUGUUUGUCGGGUUUACCCCCGUGAGAUGCGCUUCUCCGUACAUGGUCAAUGGCGAGGUUAUAGUGCCGGUGGCUGCCAAGAUUAUAGCUCAUGGCAUCAAAAUCCACAAUUCAGGCUGAGGGCGACUGGUUCUGAUGCAUCUUUGCCAAUUCAUGUGUUCAUCACCUUAACUCAGGGCGUAGGUUUCUCAAGAACAACUCCUGGAUUUCGCAACUACCAAUCAAGCCAUGAUUCACAGUUGUUCUAUAUCGGAAUGAGGAUUCUUAAAACUCGUGGACGUCGUGCUGCUUAUAACAUAUUUCUUCAUGAAUCUGUUGGUGGAACAGACUAUGUGAAUUCCCGGGAGAUAUCAUGCGAAAUGGUUCUUGAUCCUGAUCCGAAGGGUUAUACUAUUGUCCCGACCACUAUACACCCAGGGGAAGAAGCACCUUUUGUCCUUUCAGUCUUCACAAAAGCAUCCAUUGUUCUUGAAGCUUUGUAGUGCCCGUAUAGUCAGAUGGCUCUCUCCUUCCUUUUCACCAACCGGCAUGCCAUAUAUCGUCCAAGUGCUUGUGUUGUUUAAGGAACCAGACGGCUUAUGUCUCAGUGUUAAGACUUGUUUUCCCACGAUAAACGCAACAUUUGAGAAGCCCCUGAUCUGAUACCUGGCCAUCACAUUAUCUGGCGAACCUUUGAGGUCUUUGGGAUGAAAUCUUUUAGCUAUUGUCCUGAUUGGCACUGCGAAGCUUACUGCGGAGAGGAUAAAUUGCACUGGAGAAAGCACUUUUAAGGCAUGGCCCACCGGCAUUCAUCUCGAUCUUGAGACACGCAUCAAAUGUACAUUUGUAGGUAUUGUGACAAGUACAGAUUUAUCAAAUGUAGAAUAACUACUUCAUAACUGAGUAAAGGAGAGAAAUAGGAGAGUUGUGACUUGUUAGGUAAAGGUUUGGUACUCGGUAGUGGUAGGCUGGUAGCUGCAGUUUUGGUUGGUGUAUUGUAAUAUUCAGACACUAAUCUGUAUUCAGACUCUAAUAUAUGAGCACUCUUUCUCUCUC